CCACGCCCGGCGGCCGGAGGGGCUUGGUGAUCUCCAUUCUCGCAGUACGUGCCGUGGCUGGAGUCCUGCAUCAUCAUGCUUAGCCUGUUCGAGGCCAUGACUGGCCCCGUGAUAAGGACUUGGCACAUGCGUCUGCCGGACCCGUCAAGGGGGCGACGAGAGGAGGUUCACAAGGUGCAACUUCGGCACUACCCGCUCACAGGACACAGGAGUGUCACGGUCGAUGGCAUCGCCGUCCAAGGCGCGGAGAGCUCGCCCGCCCCCGGCGGCGGCAGCUUGAAGAAGACGGUCACCCUAAGGAUCCGUGUCGGGAGCCAUGACUGCUGGGUGGGGUACAGGGCGUCGGCCCGACCCGGGCGGUACUUUUACAGCUGUAUCAUCGAUGGCGUCGUCAUGCCGGAGCUCAACGACACUGUCGGCGACACGGGGGACGACGAGGGUGUUCCUCUGCCGGGGGAGGUCUUCAUCGACAGCAUCGAGCCUGCCAAAGAUAGGUUCGGCACAGAGUUUCUGGAGUUUCGAGUGGUGACUCUUCGCGGUACGAGACGAAGAUAUAGCAGCGGCGGCGGCGGCGGCGGCGGCGGCGGCGGGGCGGGUAAGGCGGUUGACGGGGGCGGCGGGUGUUACCACGCGGUCGUGUGGAGGCGUUUCUCGGCGUUCCGAUCGCUGCACAGCGACGUGACGGCCAUGCUGUGGGGGUCCCACCUGCUGGACAGCCUGCCCCCUCUGCCAGGCAAGCCGAAGUGCAUCAACCCGUUGGUCAACCAGAUGGGCGCGGCGUUCUUGGAAAGCAGAAGGGAAGUGCUCCAAGCGUACCUCAGGCGUUUGCUCGAGGUUCCCAAGGCGCGAGCGUCGGUCAACCUGAUGGGAUUUUUAGGCCUCCACCCCAUCACCGGAUACCCCUUGCCUUGGGCGGCGUUGUCUCCUUCUGCGCCUCGGCAGGCGACACCGCUCGACGACGAGGGGCGCCGGGAGUUGUGACUUUGUUUUGUUUUUUCUUUUUUGGGGGGGAGGAGUCCGAGGAGGAUGGGGAGCGGGCAUCUUGAUGGGAAGCUUGCUCCCGCCUGGAUGGCGUGUGGGCUGUAUUUGGCCACUAGUGUCAUUUCCUUGCGAGACGAAUGGGUAGGGAUGGCGGCUGGGGUUCGUUCGUAAGCGAAGCCCGCGUUGCAAAGCCCGCGCCGGCGAGCCAGGAGUGUACCGAGGGUGUCUCUGCCCACGAUAUCUAUCGCAAGGCCGUUGACUACGCUUCCGACAUUGUCACGAAAGCGCCGUCCUUCGUCGUGUGCGUUUUUAACAGACACGGCAUUGAUUGACUCCUUCACUUGGUCGCGUUUUUCGUGAAAAGAGAAAGGGGCCACGUGAAUGGGGACAGGGCCCCGGGGUGGGGGCGGGGCUAGCUUGCUUGUUAAUCCGCUGUGACUUUUUUUUCGCCAUUUCUGUCUUUGUUGUUGUUUCGUUUCCUGUUGCUGGCUAUUCUCUGGUCCCGCCUGAGGUGUAUUAUUACGAACUCGCGUGUGUGCUCACGUUUUCUUGGUGCUUAUGCUGUUUGCUGGGCCGGUUCUGUACAUAAACUUGAUUGACUUCAUAAGUCCCGAGGGAAGGGAGUGCUGUGCCCUUCUCGCGAUAAAAAUAUCUCAGGCAGGGACCGCAGAAGGGGUCCAACCCCCCCCCUUCUUUGUGACCCCGGUUGGGUCGUCUAGCUGGUAGAAGUGGAGGAUAGGGGCCAGAGCGGCAAACGACAGAGUCAAAUGAUGGGAGAAAAACAAUUAAAAAACAAACAAAAUAUUCUGAGUAUGCUGUCUGUUUCCGCCAAUCACCAUACCCUUUCCCGCGCGGUGAGUACCUUGAAGCGCGGGGAUACGGAGGUCCCAGCUCUUGAGAACACGAACGGUUUUCUUGGAGAAAUUAAGUGUUCUUGGAACGGGGAAGUGUCUCUAGAACGAUGCCUCCGAUCGUAUUCACAUUCUGCGGGGCACCGCGCUUCUGGAAAACGCAUUGGUGUCCUCAAAAGCGGGGAGUGUCCUUUGGUGUUGGUGUCCUUUAACGGGGGGACGACCACCGUACACGGCGUAAAUGCAUGCGACCGAGCGGUGCGUGAUGGAGGAAACGAGCGCGGUUUUCUCUUUCUGUCUUGUCCUAGUUAUGCUCAUAUCUGCAUGUAGGUUAUUCUCAGUGUAUUGCUGUUUCGUCCACCUCGUUGGGGGAUAGCGUUCGUUGCGGCCGGAGAUGCGUGCGAAAGCCAAUGUGGCAUAGGUGGAGCGUCGACAGCGGCGCUCCCCAGCGCCGCACCUUUUGUAGCGGCGCCCACAGCCUAAACCCCACCGCUGGUCGGUCCGGUGCGGCGAGAAUACCCCGCUGUUGGUGUUCUGGUUCUACCUGACGUGGCAUAUUGUUUCGGCCGCUGCUAGGCUCGUCGAACAAGUGUUUCAUGCGCUUUCGCUUAGUUUUGGUGCUCGUGGAGGGGGUAGCAAGAGACGCACAGAUGCAUAGAGAGGCAAGAUAGCGGUGUGUUACUCGUCGCUGGACCUGACAAAAGGAGUGUCGUUGUUUACGAAAAAUACCCAUGCUUGUGGCAGAUGACGCAGUUCUGGUUGGUGGAUGUAGAGAACGUGGUUGAGCACGGGCGGCUCAUUGUUGGGUGUUGCCUGUGAUCUGUGCAGUUAACGUGCGACCCCCCGCCCCCCUGUACUGGUUGACCCCAACACGACCGUGCUACGAUGUUGAUUAUCUUGAGAGCUAAAAGAAGGCGCAACCACAAAAUGUACAGCCGGUAUAUUGGCAGAGAGGGGGAGUUGUGCGCCUUUUCAGCAAUGACUGUCGAAGACUAUACCAUUGAUGUAGAGGUGGUGUGUUUCCGGACCUUUCUUACGCACCACGUGGGAAAGAUAAGGGUUCCAUCAGUUUGUCGUUCACGAAGGCGCCUGGGGAGGACCCUCCGUGAGGGUGGAGAUCUGAUUUAGAGGCCGAACCCCAAAGCGAUUUUGUUCUGGCUCUUGGGUCAUCUCGGGAAACAAGAAACACACGACAUUUG